UUUCGCAAUUACUCUUCUCAAAUUUUGAAUUUGGCUGCUCCAUUUCUGUGCACUCAGAGGGCGGGAGCGAGAGCGAGAGAGAAGAAGAUGGAAGAUCCAAUUUCUUCUUCAGAACCCCUCGACCUUAUCACCAUUCAGAGACAAGUGAGAGAGCUGGAAGAGGUUCUCGACCAAGAUGAUGCCUCAGAAUUAACCCCUUCAGAGUCUCAAGAUUUACUCAGAGACUGCGGCCUCCUCCUCCAGAGCAGACUUGAACAGAUAGUGUCGGAAUGUUCAGAUGUCGGUCUCUUGGAGGAUCAAGAUUAUGAAGCGUACUUGGGACGUUUCGAGCAGGAGCUCAACUCUGUGCAGGCUGAGAGCACCAAGGUCUCCAAUGAAAUCGAGGGUCUUGUUCGAACGCACGAGGAAGAUUUUCAUCGACUUGAUAUUGAUCUUGCGCAGUUGAAGUGUUCAUUGGAUUUUGUUGCAAAAAAGAGAAUAUCUGUGUCUCAUUUGCAGGAUCUGGAGAAAGAAAAGCAGGAUGCAGAUGUAAAUUACAUUAAAAACGGGAAGGAUCAGUUGGAUCAAAUGAAGGUGAAUCCAGAUAAAUUCGAGGUACUUGAACUUGAAAACCAGAUUGAGAAGACCAGUAAAAUUUUGAAGUCUUUACAGGAUUUGGAAUGUGAAUUUAAAUGGCUUGAUGACACAGAAAAGAUUGAGGAUGAAUUUACAGGUCUUAAGGUCAUUUCUUUUGGGGAAAACUGUAUUCGAUUGUCACUUAGGACGUACAUUCCAAAGCUAGAAGAACUUGUGCCCCAACAAAAAAUUGCUGAUGCCACUGAGCCUUCUCAUGUGAAUCAUGAGCUACUUAUUGAACUUCUGGAGGGGACUCUGGAUUUAGGGAACGUUGAGAUUUUUCCAAAUGACGUAUACAUAAAUGAUAUUCUUGAUGCUGCAAAGUCUUUGAGUAAAUCUUCAUUGCAGUGGUUUGUAACAAAAGUGCAAGAUAGAAUUGUUCUAUGCACCAUGAGGCAACUAGUGGUAAAAAAUGCAAAUAAAUCAAGACACUCGUUGCAGUACUUGGAUAAAGAUGAGACAAUAGUAGCUCAUGUGGUUGGAGAAGUUGAUGCAUUCAUUAAGGUUCCACAAGGUUGGCCAUUGCUAAGUUCUCCACUGAAACUGAUAUAUCUGAAGAGCUCUGAUCAACAUUCAAAGGGAAUUUCUUUAAGUUUUCUGUGCAAAGUUGAGGAACUGGCGAAUUCCUUGGGUGUGCAAAUUCGGCAGAGCCUAUCAAGUUUUCUGGACGCAAUUGCAAAAGUACUUGUCGAGCAGAUGCGCAUACAACUCCAUGCUGAGACUUCUCAUAAAUGACUUGUAUUCUAAUCAGACGUGUAGUCAAUUCUGGGACUUCCACAUUUUAGUAUUGUCUUUGUGUGUCCAAAAUUGUCCUCAACUUAUUUGGGAUAAAUAACAUAUGACGCUUUACCGCAGAGGCGAAAA